AACUACAUUGUUUUGUGAACGUAUUUGUGUUUAGCGAAUUUUUAUUUAAAUAUCGUGAUUAAAAAGUGAAUAGUUCCUGAAAAUAACAUAAUAAUGUCGGUAAAGGAGAAAGAAUUCUUUGGGCCGCUAACUCUUCAUGAGAAAACGGAUAACCCGUCGAUUUUCAAAAGCGAAGAAGUUACUGAGUGUUCAUGUGUUUUAUGUGAACAGAAUUUCUUAUUGCCAUCAAAUGAGAAGAAUCUGCUCACCCAUUUGUUCAUGAAGCAUCGUCUAGUUAUAGCUGAUGUCAACCAAAUUGCUGAUUUGAAAGAAUACUUGCGAUAUUGGCGACUGAGAUUUAAAGAUCAAAAUCUGCCAUACUUCUGCACUACAAUGCUGCUUGACAACAAACCAGAUGGUACAAAAUCUAAAAAUGAAGAAUAUUAUUUACUCAGCGAUGUUCUUCCCGAAGACAAAGAACUACGUACAAACCUUCAACAAACAAGACUAGAAAAAUUAUUAGAAAGACAUCAGUUUGAACGGGAAGAUAAAAACUAUGUACGAGAAUGUCUCUUCUGCCGUAACAUAUCAACUACAACCAGAGCAAAUUACCUGAACCAUUUGUACGAAAAACAUAACUUCCACAUUGCCAAACCAGACAACUUAAUAUUCAUUGAUGAAUUAGUAAAUACAAUAGCAACUAAACUAGAGAAACUGCAAUGUAUAUUCUGCGAAGGCAAUUUCAAAGACCGCACAAUACUAAAAGAGCAUAUGCGUAAAAAAGGCCACAAAAGAAUUAACCCAGAAAAUAAGGAAUAUGACAAAUUCUUUCUAGUCAACUACGUAGGUGAUAAACAACAAAAUAAACAACAUUAUAGAUUAAAUAAAAAUCACAAUGUGAAGAAAACAUUGGAGUUUGAAAACGAUUCUAAUGUUGACAGUGAUCCAGAGUGGUCAGAUUGGACCGAAGAGAAUGGUCCAUUGAUCACCUGCCUCUUGUGUGAGCACACAGAGAAAGAAUAUGACAAAACAUUGGACCACAUGGAGAAACAACACGAAUUUUCCUUUACCAAAGUUACGGAGGGAAUGGAUUUCUAUCACAAAGUCAAAAUAGUGAACUACAUACGUCGUCAAAUACAUUUGAAGCAAUGUUUAUCAUGCGACACGAAGUUUAAUGAUCCAAAGAAUUUGGAAAAGCAUUUAAAAGAAACUAAACAUUGGGAAUUGUGCAAGGAGAAGUGGGAUCAACCGGAGUACUACUUUCCGACGUACGAAGAUGAUUUGUUCCUGUGUUUUAUACAAGACGAUGAUGAGAGCUGGUGGUCAAAUGAUGACCAGGAGAUUGAGAAACGUAAUAGCAUGUCUGAUAGUAUAUCUAAAGAGAUGGCCAUGGCUGUUUUAGGUGAUUGAAUUUGUAUAGUAGACUGAUACAUAAAGACUGUAGUACGAGUUUGCUCUAUGUUUAAAGAAAUCGAUAUGAUAGCGCUUUCGGCGCUCUGAUUGGCACGCUCAACUAAACCAACCAAUCAAGGGGUACUGAAGAAAUAAGCAGAUUAUGUUUUUCUGUUAAAGGAAUCCCACAAAAACAUUUCAUGUUAAAUGUUGCCAAGACGAGACCAUAUAGCUCGCACUGUCAAAAAGUAAUCAGAUCCCGUGUAGAGCCAAGUUUCUAACCCUAUACUUUUGAACUGGCGAGUCGGCCGCACGGACUUUUUGCUAUUCGUCAUAUGGGCUUGAGCUUAAAAAUCUAUUCAAUCUUCUAAACUCUUUCCGUGCGGCCAACUCGCCAGUUCAAAAGUAUAGGGUUAGAAACUUGGCUCUACACGGGAUCUGAUUACUUUUUGACAGUGCGAGCUAUAUGGUCUCGUCUUGGCAACAUUUAACAUGAAAUGUUUUUGUGGGAUUUCAUUUCUUUUUGUAGGUUGCUUAUGAUAGAAAGAUAAAAUGAGCGACAAAUUCACCUACUAAACUACUAAAUUUAUAAGAAAAUUGGAAACGUAAUCCUAAUACUUUUUAUCAAUGAAAAUUAAAACACUAGUAUCUAAACCUUUACCUACUAAACUACUAACAAUUAAAUAUUAGGCAAAUGGUUUUUUUCUCCGCGAUAGCAAACUUUUAAAUCACCGAAAUAUUCCGAAAACUUUUCAUUCAACGAGACAACCGUCAACGACGUCUGCCCUCGCGCGUCUGCCCGCGUUCGGGUGCCGCGCUCGCUGACGGGCCGAUUAUUUUUAGCUACUGCGCGGGGACGAGGGGGCAGGCGGCGGGCGUUGGCGCAUACUAUACUUACGAUGCUUAUGUUCAAAAGUAUAGGUUGAUUAAUAAACACUUACCGAAGUGAAGUGUAGUAAUAUUAUUCAUAUCUAAGUACUUAUGGGUAGGAUAAUGUUUUGAUUUGAUGAAAAGUUUGUGUUCUAUGUACUUGUGUAUAAUUUUCAGAUCUCAAGCAGGAAAUAGGGAAUUAAGUUUCCCUAUUUCAGAUUUUUACCCCUCCGCGGCCGCAUUCAGACCUCUAGCGUCAAAAGUUGCGGAAGUCUCGAACAAACUUUCACCCCCUAGUUUAAGGGGUUGGUGGGUAAAAGUUCCAAGUUUUAGGAUUUUUUUGUUGUUUGGGUACUAAUACUAGCUUACAUACCAAAUUUCAGUUUUCUAGGACUUCAGGAAGUACCUUAAGAAUUUUGUUGAUCAUCAGUGAGUGAGUGAGUGAGUGAGUGAGUGAGUGACGAAAUCGGGGUAUUUUAGAUAUCAAUAAAAUCUAAAGUAUAAGAGCUAUGCAAUUGAAACCUUAGAGGUUUAUUAAGUCUACCACUGACAUUAUAUCCUGAAAAUUUUGUUUAUCUGGUAUAACCCAAACUCAAGUUAUGAAGGUUCAAAAAUACGACGAAGCGCUUCGAGAAAAGGUAGGUAGUGCCCUUGCGCUUCGCUUGGCUCGUCUUGGCGGGGGCACUACCGUGCCCCCAGAUUUCAAUGUUAUGGUUGUAGACAGAAAGUUGGAAAUGUAAUAUUGAUUGUGUAAUGUGUGUGUAUAAUUUUGUAAAUAGUUUUAGAUUUUAUUCUAACUUUGUUAAAGUUUGAAUUUGUAAUUUGAUCAUGUUUUGUUGAUCCGAAAUCAAUAGUUAUUUAAAAUUUUAUUAGUUGUCCUAUUGAUGGAUGUAGGUAUUCGUCUUCUACAUAUAAUUAUUAUGUUUAAUUUAUGCAAUCAUAAAACAUGAGCAAUCUACAUACUUCUGACUUAGUUCUAAUUUUUUUGUAACAUAACUGAUUUCUUGCUGCCAACUUAUGAAAACAAAAUUAUAUUACCAAUUUAAGUGUACAUUAAAAAGUAUGUUAUACAAAUAUAGUAAAUGUAUAGGAGAGAUAGCCCUUGGUGUGUUAGCCCUUUUUUUUAUAGAAGCUUACACUUGAUUGUUCUUAUGUUAAUAAUUUACCUACAAAUAUUUUACUAUACAGGUGUGUACUCUAGGUAAAUUGUUGUUACCUAUCAUGUAACACUUGUAUUCAAGAGCUUAUUGUUAAAUUAGUCGAAUAAUUAUUUGCUAUGGUCAAGGAAACAUAGAUUAUGACAAACUAAAUUGACUGACCGCCGUACUCUUACCCUUUAAUUGUUACUUAACCCAGUCCUUAGUAAUGGUUUUCGGAACAAAAUCGUUACUAAGGAAUACCUUAGCAAUGAUGUAUUCCUUACCAAGGUAUUCCUUAGUAACGAUGUCUCAGAGUAUACGGCAGUUAAAGCUUUUGUGCCGCAAAAGGCUAGUUGAACAAUGUUAAUGAUAAAUAAAUAAUGCAUUUUUAUGUGAGAUUGUUUGCAUGCUGUGUAUGUAAUGUUUUACUGCAAUUAAAUCAUAAUUGUCUAUUUAGAUAUUAUUGUGUACAGAUAUAUAAAUAAAUAAAUACGUUUUGUUAU